AUGCCAACCCCUCCACCUCGUCCUCCGAACUGUACCCCCUCUCUCCUCCCAUUCUCACCCUUCAAGAAGGGUACGAUCCCCGUCGGCACGGCACCACACACUACCCCCAUCGCUUACGAAAUUCAUGGCCAUGGACCGGUCCAUAUCGUUUUGCUCAUGGGCUUCAUAUCCUCUAUGUACGCCUGGCGCCCACAAAUCCAGUAUUUCGCCCAUGAGGAGGAGUACAGUGUGUGUAUUCUGGAUAACCGGGGGUAUGGAUUUAGUGGCAAGCCGUGGGGGUGGUAUAGUACGGCGAUUUUUGCGAGGGAUGUGGUGGAGGUGCUAGAGGGGUUGGGGUGGGUUGAGCCGAAGUCCGUGCAUGUUGUUGGUGUCUCAAUGGGCGGUAUGAUCUCACUGGAAUUGGCCGCACUGAUAGCAGACCGAAUCGCAUCCCUCUGCCUCACCAGUACCUGCGCGAAACUUAUACAGCCGGUCCGUACCCGGACUGAAGCCGUCACCAACUGGAUCUCGAUUCUGACCCCAAAGCUCAGUCAUCGAUCCCAAGCUGAACACGCCGCUGAUUCGAUCUUCCCGCGGAAAUGGUUAAAAGACCACGACCACAGAUACCCGGAAUACAAGACGAAUCGGGAGAGGGUUGUGCAGAGUAUGGUUACGCGGUUUACGUUUCUCCCGAAACAGCCGACGCAUGCGACACUUUCACAAGGACUUGCGUGUCUAUCCCAUAACGUCCCCACCUCGAACCUCAGAGCCAUCGCUGAGGCAAUCCCCGAUAUUGUCGCCUGUACCGGGACGGACGACCAACUCAUCAACCCAAUUUGUACGGAUUUGCUGAUUGAAGGUUUCGGGGGCGAGAGAGAAGGCGUGAGGAAGAUUAUCUUUGAAGGAGCGGGGCAUGCGGUGCUUGAGGAGAGGGAUGAAGAGUAUAACAAGACGGUGGAGGAGCUGAUUGAAAGGGCGGAAAACAGGUAUGGAAGGAGCGUCGAAUGA